UCUGAAUGGAGCUCAUCUGCUAUUCAUCACUCUAGCAGGAGAGUUAAGCCUGCUCCCUCUGCCUCUGUCUUCAGGCAGUGAGAUCUGAAGAGUGUAACACAAAAGUCUGCCAGUAUUUACGCAGUUUGUGCUGGGCCAGGGCUUUGCAAAACUUCUCUUGCGGGUACAGCUUAUGGUUUAUGGGCAUUAUGCUUCCCAGCUAGCUGGCUGAAAGGCAACUGUGUUCAAGCAUUUUAAUGUGGGGCCAAAACUUCCCAGGAUCCAGCGCCUGGAGUUUCAUAUACCAUUUGUGAUUUACUCUGGCAAGGACAAGACACGGCGAUAGAACGCUCCAGCCACCAUCCUGUGCUGGCAUGGGCCAGAAAGGGAAGGAGACCUUGAAGGAGAGAAGGCUAGAGGGUGGUACCGACCAGUCUCUUCGGUGCGACAAGUAGAAAGAGUUGCACCGAGGAAGCCCUUUGGAGGGCCCAUGUGGUCCCCAGUGCUUCUCCCACCUCCUCCUCCUCCUCAGGCGGGAGGAGGCAGAGUUGUUGCUGCUGCCAAUGCGCCAGGAUAGAGAUCUCGGCGCGGGAGGAGAUGACGCAAAAGGCAGAGCUCCCCCCAAAAAAGUGUUUCUCCAGGACGAAGAUGGCGGCAACUUAGCCCAGGGGCCCAAGAUGCCUGUGCUCGUCGGGGGCCCCCAGCCAGGCAGUUCCGCCCCGUGCGCCCGGCGACACCGCGCCCGGCGGCAACAGCGGCGGCAGCCGCAGACCAUUGUCACCAGCAGCGGCGGCGGCUCCGGCAGCCUCCUCCUCCUCUUCCUCUUCCUCCUCCUCCUCUUCAGCAUCCUCGGCAGCGCUCCGGGAGCCCUGCAGCAGCGUCUCUCCAGUUAGAGCGGAGGGGGGAGAGGAGAAAGAGGAGACGGAGACAGCGGUGCAGGCAUCUGUGCCGCGGCUCGGGGUUGAGGAAGAGGAGAGCCGCGGCGGCGGGGAGGAAGAGGAGGCGAGGAGUCCUCCCGGAGCGGUCCGUCGGCAGCGGGGGAACGCGGCAUGCAGCUGUCCGGGGGCAACGGGCUUUUCUCAGGAGGGAGAUGGGGAGCUGCGAUCUGACCAUGCCUGGGUGAGAGGGGGUAAGGACCAGCCGCGCAGCCCCGCCACCACCAACUACCACCACCAUCUCCUCUCCUUCCUCCUCCUCCUCUCUGCGUUAUUGCUCUUAUCUUUUCCACGGCACUCCGCGUUGGAUGGACUGGGGCUACUUCGUGUGGUGAGACCAAGGCAGAGUCACUGGUGAAACCCAACAAUAUCUCAGAGGAAGAAAAAGAAGAAAGAAAGAAGAGGGAGAAAGAAGGGGGGGGGGGGGGGAGGUGGGGGGGGGGGGGUAGAGUGGAAGAGGGAGAGAGCGAGCGAAGGAGCGAGAGAAGGGAAGGCAGGCAAGAAAAUACCCCAGUCUUUUAAGUCAAUGAAUAUUGUGGUGACACUGGCAAAGAAGCCCUCACGGUGGAGUCGGCCAGGGCUGUGCGUUCCCAAAAUAUGACCAGGGGUGCUUGGAUGUGCAGUCGGCAGUAUGAUGACGGCUUAAAAAUCUGGUUCGCACCCCGGGAGAACGAGAAACCCUUCACGGAUUCAGAGAGGGCUCAGAAAUGGCGACUGUCCCUGGCAUCGCUCUUGUUUUUUACAGUCCUGCUCUCUGAUCACUUGUGGUUCUGCGCCGAGGCCAAAUUCACGGGGACCGGAGAGAAAGAGCAACCGCCGCCCGAGAAGCCAGAGCCCGCGGAGCCGGAGCUGCUGGCGGGCAUGGGGGAGCCGGCGCCCCCCGCGCCCCGGCUCCUCGCCCCCCCCUCGCCCUCCCUCCCGCCCUCCCCCGGCAGCAGCGGCGGCGGCAGCAGCGGCACCGAGCACGGGCACGACGAGGCUGCUUUCCUGGGGAACUCCACCGCCAGGCCCCUGGAGACGUGCCCCCCCCAUGGCUCCUCGUCCCGGCAGUGCUUCAGCGUGGGGGACGCGGAGGAGCUGUGCCGGCAGCCGGGGGGGGGCGGGCGACCGCGGAGCGCGGGGCAGAGCCCGGCCCCCGGCUGGGACCUGACGGAUUUUUACCUUUCCUUUUGUAAUUCUUACACGCUUUGGGAGUUGUUCGCCGGGUUGUCCAAUCCGGACACUUUGAACUGCAGUCUGGAUGUGGUGCUGAGGGGGGGAGGCUCCUGCAGCCAGUGCGUCCAGGCUUACCAGCGCUACGACCAGCACGCUCAGGAGAAAUACGAAGAGUUUGAGGUUAUGCUCCAGAAAUAUUUACAGUCGGAUGAAUACUCGGUGAAAUCGUGUCCUGAGGAUUGUAAGACUGUCUACAAAGCCUGGCUCUGUUCCCAGUAUUUUGAAGUCACACAGUUUCACUGCAGCAACAGAAUUCCUUGCAAGCAAUACUGUUUGGAGGUUCAGACGAGGUGUCCCUUUAUAUUACCAGACAAUGAUGAUGUCAUCUAUGGAGGACUAUCAAGUUUCAUCUGUACAGGGCUCUAUGAAAACUAUCCAACCAAUGCAGAACCAGAAUGCUGUGAUGUCAGAUGGGGACUAUUAUCAGAUCAUCAAUCCAAAGGGACUAUAAAAACAAGUGGCUCAACAAUUUGUCACAGGACAUCACUCACAGUUUCAUCAGCAUCGAGACUGUGUAACAGCAGACUUAAACUGUGUGUUCUUGUAUUAAUGCUCUUACAUACAGUACUUACAGUCUCAGCAGCACAGAACUCAACAGGACUGGGCAUAACAACUUUAGAAGAUAAUUCAACCAAUGAAGAAUAAAAGAAAGGAUUCAACUUAUAUGAUAGAAACACAACAGGCCCAAAUGGCUUCAGUCAAAAAUAGCAAGGACUGAGUACUUUACCCUCAGAUCUCUUCUUGAUUGACCUUUUGGGUAAAAUGAAAAGAAUGGGCCACUACCCAAAUAACAAGGACACAUGAACACAGCUUUUUAUUGACUAAAAGGCUGUUUUGUGACUUAAAUUUCUCACACCAUUUUAUACACUGUGUUUUAAUGUUUGGAGUUUCUUUUUUUGUUUGUUUUUUGCACUUGUUAAUACAGGAUUUUAUUUUUUGGGACAGUUUCUCAAAGCUAAAUUAAGUCUUUUCUCCGUCAAUAUAUUUCUAGUCAUUGUGUCUGUUCAUCUGAUAGUUCUGUCUUUUAUGUCCUGUCAGUUUCUAUUAGAGGAAUGACUGCUAUGAUUCCAUGACAUAGCAAAAAAACAAAAAAAAACCCAAACAAAAAAAAAAAACAAAAAACAAAAAAAAACCAAAAAAACCUGCAAACAAGAAAAAAAAAACACAAAAAGAACAACAAAAUUUAACAAAAAAUAAAAAAGAAGAAAAAAAACGAAAAAAAAAACCAACCACAAAAAAAACCAAAACAACCUAACUGUCCUCUUACCCAUGGGAGCCAUUCAUCUCCUUUCCCUUUCCCUUCUCCAGUCACAGACAACAUACAUUUGCUUCUGUCUGUGUAAUCACAAUGAAUGGGUACACAAUUCCAGUGUGCCUCUGCCACUUGCACAAACCAGUUGACUGAGCAAACCCAAAACGAGCAUGAAGGAGGUUCCUUUUAGCUGAACAAACAAGUGCUCUCCUUACAAGGUGGGAUUGGACAGUUAAAAAAUGUAAAGAAAUAUAUAACAAACUGUUGCUCCAAUACCCGUUUUGAAGAAGUCCAGUCCUUUCUCACUGGUCAGUUGAACAGGAGCAGCCUUUUUUAGAUAUGCUAUGUAAAACCAGUUAUGCUCAGCAAGUUGAGUAGUUGGGAAGCCUUCAUAUUGGAGGUGAAGGAUUGGCAUUCAUUGUGAAUUACGUUUUGAGUUCUCCUGCUGUCAUAUAACCAGCAGCUUUCAUGAAGAAUGGGAGUAAAAAGCUUCCAAAAUCCAAGUCUUUUUGUCUCAAAAAAUUACACUAGAAGCCUUUGAGCAUCUACAAUACAAAGAAUCUUUUCGGUUUUGAGUUCAUUGUUUUUCUAGUAUCUACGUGUUGUGGAAAGUUAAUCUAGCUAUUAAGGGUGCACAAGAAUGUGUUAGCACAGAUAAAGAAACUUUUUUUUUUAAAUAUAUUGACAACCAUUUUCAUAAAUGUGCAAUAAAACUAGUAAGGAUAUUCCAGGAUAUGAGUAGUCAAGACAAAAGAUUGUAAUAUGAUUGCUGAUUUUUCAUUGUUUGGGGUGAUUUUUAAUUUGUUUACUUUUGUGGGAACAUUUCACCUGCUGAGUGUAUGAGAAUUUGCUUUUUAAAAAGGCUUUUUAGAGUUUACAGUAGAAUCAAUGGAAGGAAAAGUUAAUAAGGGCUGUUUUUAAAAACUUUACAUUCCUUCCUAUUCUCUAACUACACUUGGGAAGUGCACUUUAGAGAUGUUCGCUGUGUAGCUGGGAGAUGAAGGAAAACUAUAGAAAAUGUUCUCUUAGGAAAUAAAAUAUAGUUACCUACUUUCUAGAUAUGAAAUACCCCUUGAUAAAUACUAAUGUUGUAAGAACAAUUAAUCACUGGUGCAUAAUGCUUUUUUGUAUACACUUUAUGGUCUGUUAAAUUCUGGAGAAAAAAAAAAAAGAUGACCAUGCUGCUUAAGCGGUUCAAGAUGCACAUGUUAAGCUGCAAAAAGCUCAAAUAUUUUGCAAAAGUAUUUGUUUUGAUAGUGUUUUACUACAGCCUGGACUGAGGAGCCUAAAAUGACCUGUGCAAACAUGGCAACAAAAAGCACCAGCUAAUGCAAAAUUCUUCAGCACUGGUUUGUUUCUAUAAUUCCUCCCUUCCCUUCCUUGCACAUGCUAUAUUUUGUUCAAUAAAACAUGGUGCUUUUUAUUUUAUUUUCUGUUAGAGGCACAUGUAUUAAUUAUAUUAAAUUGAUGCAGAAUUGGGGAAAAUGUAGAAAUGCAAAUGAAAAAGCCUUAACUAAUGGUAGAAUGUAGACUUUUGAAAGGACAGAGAUGUUAUUAAAAAGUGAUGGAGCAAUAACUGGGCAGUGCUCUGGUAGUGUACAACAGCUGAUGAGUCACACUACUGGGAAAGCUCUUAACUAGGUGAGCUCUUGUUCAACUGACCUCUUAAUUCUAGUAAGUGUACAUGGUCAGUAAACAGUUUGUUAUAACUUUUAUCUACCUCUGCUGUGCAAAGGCCAUCCGACAUCCAUUUUUGUGAUGUUUCUCAUCUUUUUGUUCACACCGUUACUCACUGUCAUCUAUUUUUACACUGUACCAAUAGAGUAGCAAGUCUGGUUCAUCCCGAUUGAAAUGGCACAGGAAGAAGAGUUAUUAUUUCUGUUUUGCCUCAUGGUGAAUUAUAGAGAGUUACCCUUAAGACAUUUUCUUUCUUCUCUCCUGCUCUUUUUCAUCCUUCAUCCCUUAUUUUUCUAGUAAAAUGUUUUUGAGUCGUGUCAGUGAAAAAUAUGACUCCUCCACUGCUAGGCUACAUUCAGUCGCAUGUCAUACAAUAUGAGAGACAUAAGGAAAAACAGUGACAACAUCAUCACAUGCAAGAGUAGCCAAUUAAACUGAGGCAAAAUGAAGCAGAAAACAAUUACAGACUUUUAAUUAUUACACAAGAUGUAAUAAACUCCUCUCCCUCUCCCCACCUUGGAGUUAGUGCCUGCAGUUCAACGGUCUGUGAAUUUUCUCUGUCAUCUUUUUGAGGUCUAUCUCUUUAAUUUUUUGAAACAGAGACUCAUGUUGCAGAGGUGACUACUGCUGGAGAGUUUGUUGCCAUUUUCACUCCAGCAGUGUGGUAUGCAGUUGCUCUUGGUGGCAACUGGGACAUCAGGAGUAGAAGAGGACUAUUUGUGAAGUUAAGCAACAUGUAAUCAUGUAUGAUGCAAAAUUCCAUUCCAUCCAUUCCUCAUUCGUAAUAGUUUUCCUGGCAUAAACCUAAGCAUGCUUGAUAUUGUGCACAUAUUACUUUUUUUUCCAGAAUAAAUUUGCAUCUUGCCACUUUCAACUUCCAUCUUGUUCCAUUUCUCCUUGUACUCUAUGCCUAAUACAUACAUGAUAAAGAACUGGCUUAACAAAGGAGUAAUACUAAAAUAUUUCUGCCAAUGACUGAUGAGAAGAAAAAGGAAAAAUAGAAUAUUUAUUUUAUGAUCAUAUGGAAGAGAGAAAUUUCCCAUGUCUUUCAUGUCUUAUUUUCUGCAAUAGGGAAAAUCCAGAUUUUGUGCAAUAUGUUAAUACUGCUAAGCCAAAUGUCAUAUAACAUAACCAGAGCUAUAUGUUAUACCUUAUUGCGUUUGCAUUCGGUAAUACAUUAUAUUGAUGCUUUUCUUUCAUUAAAGAGACAGUAUCUUUUUUUUUGAAAAUAUAGCAGGUGAAGGCUGUCCUUCUGCAUGUCAUAAUUUAAAGACAAAACCCAACAAAACUUUAGAAUGAAGUUAUAGUUCUAUAAAUGGUGAAACCAAGCCAUCAGCUGCCAAAGAAUCUGUGGAAUGAUAGAUACAAACCGAACAUAGACUGUCAAGAAAUUCUUUCUCAAGGUUUAAAAAUAAUGUUAUUCUAAGUGAUUAGAGAGGAAAGAAUAAGAGCUGUAUUUCAAAAGCAGAGAUGUCAGGUUUCAUUUGGUACACGAUGUGGCACUCUGCUUAUAUAGUUACACUCUUCUAUUAAAAAGUGAGGGACAAGGA